UUUUGAAACAGACCUUUCUGAUUUAGAAAAUGUUGAAAUAUUCCAUUUAGAGAAUUUGAAAUUUACUUUGAGCUGAGAAGUUUACUGAAAAUGAACCUUUCCUGUGAACAGUAUUGGUUUUGACGAAUUGUCAUUUCUAAAAAAAGCCAAAAUAUAUUUAUCAGGAAAAUUUCCAACUCUGGUUUUGAUUUCUUACAUCCACAAUCCUGAAGCUUGAUUUUCUGUAAGUUCUCAGGAACUUUAGUUAAGUGUGAGGUUUUUGUCGCUUUCUUUAGAAAUAUUGUUCUAGGUCAAGUCCCUUCUCUCCCUGCCCCUGAUGAUGGCAUUCUGCCCAAAAUAUAAGAAAUUUGGUUUUAUUGCUUUUUUUGCUUUUGGUUCUGGUUCCUUCUGGAUACUAAAUAUGUUUUUUCUGGAAUGAUGUGAUGGAAAUGGAAAGAAGAGAAAAAUGUUUUGGUAUGAUAUUUCCAUAGGUGUAACAAGAACUACAGCAGAAUGGAUAACCAUUCUAGUCAUUCCAUGGAUAUGUAUGGACACUAUCAGUCAGAAGAUCAGUCUGUAGUCAGUAGAAUACAGAAGAAAUACUGGAAGACAAAGCAAGCCCUAAUCAAAGUCACAGGAAAGAAAGAAGAUGAGCAUGUAAUUGCAUCUGAUGCAGAACUGGAUGCCAAACUAGAGGUUUUUCACUUUAUUCAGGCAAGCUGUACAGAUCUUCUAAAGACUAUUAAGAAAUACCAAGAGAGACUCAAUGUUAUGUCUGAGGAAGAAAAUGAGCUAGGCCUCCUUUUAAAAGUUCAAGGAGAGCAAGAUACUUCUGAAGCUGGCAAAAUGAUGGAAGCCACUGGAAAGAUCCUUUGUUCUUCAGCUCAGCAAAGGGUAGCCCUUUGUACCCCCUUGUCUCGCCUUGGGCAAGAACUGGCAACAUUCAGUCAUAGGGCAGUAUCUGAUACUUCAUUAACAAUCGAUCGUAUGGAGCACGCCCGCAUAGAAUACAGAGGGGCCUUGCUGUGGAUGAAGGAUGUGUCCCAAGAACUGGAUCCUGACACCUGCAAGCAAAUGGAGAAAUUUAGAAAAGUGCAAACACAAGUGAAAAAUACCAAAGACCAGUUUGACCAGUUGAAAAUGGAUGUCUGUCAGAAGGUGGAUCUGCUUGGAGCUAGUCGCUGCAAUUUGUUGUCACAUUCUCUUGCUGUCUAUCAGGUAUCCACUUUAACUUUGCAGAAUGCCCUACACUGGACAUAUGGAGGGAAACCUUUGGAUAUACUGAGGGAGAAAAAUAAAGCAGA